AUGGAUGAUAUUUUACUAGCUCAUAAAGAUCGGGCUACUUUACAGGAAAUUCUUACUCAGACCGUCCUUGCUUUAGAAGAACAUGGUCUAAAAAUAGCCCCAGAAAAGAUUCAGACUGAACCUUCUUUUUCCUACUUAGGCAGAAUAUUACAUACCUCUACUAUCACCCAUCAGCCUUUACAAUUAAGAAAAGAUCAUUUAAACACAUUAAAUGAUUAUCAGAAACUAUUAGGUGAUAUCAACUGGGUCAGGUCAUAUCUAAAAAUAACCACUCUUGACUUAAAACCUCUAUUUGACAUUUUAAAGGGAGAUUCUAACCCUAAGUCUCCCCGACAAUUAACUGUAGAAGGAGAAAAGGCUAUAGCAAAAAUAGAACAGGCCAUCAAUAAACAGCAACUACAGUAUCUAGAUUAUUCCAAAUCUUGGGCCUUAAUUAUUCUAGCCACUAAAUAUACUCCUACAGGAUGUUUAUGGCAGGAAGGACCAUUAGAAUGGAUACAUUUACCUGUCACUCCUAGGAAGAUUGUACCAUCCUAUCCUUCCCUAGUGGCCACUCUCAUUAUCAAAGGUAGACGACGCAGUAUCGAACUCUUUGGAAGAGAAGUUACUGAGAUAAUAAUACCUUAUAAAAGAGAACAAUUAGACACACUAUUACAAUUUGAAGAAGAGUGGCAAAUAGCUAUAGAUACCCAUGUUCAACAAACCCUAGAGACGUCAGCUCAGAGAACAGAGCUUUUGGCAGUCAUUUAUGCUUUUGAACAAUUGCAACAGGUUCCCUUUAACUUGUACACUGACUCUCAAUAUAUAGUUAAAUUAUUUCCUCAUAUUGAGACCGCCUCUCUCCCACAAGGAAGAACAGCCAUUUUCUCUUUGUUAACUCAGCUACAAACUUACAUUCAUAAACGAGAAAAGGCUUUCUAUAUUGGACAUAUUAGAGCUCAUUCCUGCCUACCAGGACCCUUAAGCGAAGGAAAUUAUCAGGCGGAUCUACUAACUCGCCCAGUAGUUUGUACAGCUCUAGAAGAAGCCCGGCGGUCUCAUGCCAUUCACCAUCAAAAUGCUUCUGCUCUCCGUCUAUAUUAUCGCAUAUCUAGAGAAGCUGCUCGAAGUAUUGUGCGUGACUGCGGCCAUUGUCCUACUCAUUUUCCUAGCCCUGCUACUGGAGUUAAUCCAAGAGGACUUAGACCCUGUGACUUAUGGCAGAUGGAUAUUACUCAUGUCCCAUCUUUUGGCAAACUUUGCUAUGUGCAUGUUUGUAUUGAUACCUUUUCUCAUGUUAUCCUUGCUUCUGCACGUACAGGAGAAGCCUUUAAAGAUGUAAGUCAACAUUUAUUCCAAUGUUUUUCCUACCUAGGAAUACCAAGGGCACUUAAAACAGACAAUGGGCCUGCCUAUACCUCUAGAGCUUUUAAAAACUUAUGCUCUACAUUCGGCAUCGCACAUACUACAGGAAUACCUUACAAUCCUCAAGGCCAAGCAAUAGUAGAAAGGGCUCACCAAACUUUAAAAACACAAAUUAAAAAAUUACAAGAAAAUGAGUUUAAAUAUUCCUCUCCUCAUCAUGUUCUACAACAUACUCUAUUUGUAAUUAAUAUACUAAAUGUAGAUUCUGAGGAAAAUUCCCCGAUGUACAGACAUUGGAAUCCUGAUCUAACCAAACCUAAAGCCCUCGUCAAAAAAAAAAAUCCAAAGUGUUAUUGUUGUAUUACAUCUUUCAGCAUUUACUAUUUGAAAAUGUAGAGUGCUUCUUUUAUCUAGAAAAUGUCUCUGAAAAUCAAUUUAAAAUUAUUGAAGCUGAUAGGUAAGUCCUUUUAAGUUUUUAGUUAUUUUAUGUAUGACAGAUUUUUAAGUGGUAAUUAUUAAUGCAGUUUUCUUACACUUACUGUUUCCUAGACUCCAUUUCUUUCAAAAGUUUUCUGAAUUAUAUAUAUAGUUGCUGAAGUCCUGCGGGUGCUCUUCUGAGUAUUGUUGUUUUUUAAACCUAAGCUGUCCAAGAUAAGAUUCCAUACAGAAGACAACCAUUAAUACAGCAAAUAGAAAGUAUUACAAUUGUUCUACUUAAAAUAAUUGCCCCCUAUUGGAGGUAUAGAAUAUAAACUCCAUUUAUAAUGGGAGGGGACAAAUGAAGAAGAGGAGAAUCUGUUGAAAGAUAUUUGUUUGGCAAAUAUACCAUAUCUACUUUGUGAAAUUACCAAGUGCCUAAGGACUAGAAAAGUACGCACAUACCCCUAUGAAGAGGCUUCUUUGUUUUCUCCAUCUCUGGCCCUUUAAAUAGUGUCUGGAUAAUCUCAUAUUCACUCCCUGGAACUGUGAAUUUGUAAAGAGUGCUGAUGUAGGACAGUCAUGUGAUUGAUCGAAACACCAGGAAUACAAGCACGCAGGCAAGAUGCUUAUUCUGGCAGCUUCAUAAUUUGGGCUCCUCAGUGGGGAAAUAUCUCAAGCCCUCUCCUUUACAAAAGUUCUCUCUAUAUCUCAACCUUAACUCCUUUCUAUUUUUAAUCCCCUUUCAACACAGUGAAGGCUGAAUUGACACACCAGUUUUUGUAUUUUAGCCAUCAACACUUGAGUUGAAGACAAACUACACUGCCUGUUAAACUCAAGUGGGAUAAAACCCUUCUGACUCUUUUCUCACACCUACUCUGAGUGUCUUUAUCACAAAAGUUGGGUGUAGGGCAAACGAUCUGAUUUAGAAGAGGUGGUGCUGUCUGUUUCUCUGGGUGACUUUGGGCAAUCUCUCAAGUUCUUUUCCUAGAGAAUGUAAUGUCGAUAAUAAAGAACUAUGUUAUCUGUCUUACCCACAAUAAGUAUUCCAAAAAAAUUUUGUUGCACAGCCAGUGUGGCUCAGUGGUUGAGUGUCAA